AUGAUGGUGGGAACUCAACGUUUAGAUGGUUCGUUACCGCCUUUGAAUUCCCCUAAAAGCUAUGGAAUUACGAAGCCGCUCUCGCUUGCUGGGCCUUCUUCGGCGGAUAUUAAGCGUAAUGUCGAGCUUGAGAAGUAUUUGGUUGAUGAGGGACUCUACGAGAGCAAGGAGGACACCAUGCGGAGAGAGGAAGUUCUGGGGCGCAUUGAUCAGAUUGUGAAGCACUGGGUGAAACAGUUAACGCAGCAGAGAGGCUAUACGGAUCAGAUGGUGGACGAUGCUAAUGCUGUGAUUUUCACCUUCGGAUCUUACCGGCUUGGAGUACAUGGACCUGGGGCUGACAUUGAUACUUUGUGUGUUGGGCCAUCUUACGUUAAUCGGGAGGAGGAUUUCUUCAUCAUCUUGCAUGAUACAUUGGCUGAGAUGGAAGAAGUCACUGAGCUUCAACCUAUUCCUGAUGCCCACGUUCCGGUCAUGAAAUUUAAGUUUCAAGGAAUUCCUAUUGAUCUGCUUUAUGCUAGCAUAUCACUUUUAGUUGUGCCACAGGAUCUGGAUAUCUCCAACUCUUCUGUGCUGUGUGAUGUUGAUGAGCCAACCGUUCGGAGUCUUAAUGGUUGUAGGGUUGCUGAUCAAAUUCUUAAACUCGUUCCAAAUUUUGAGCACUUCCGGACAACAUUAAGAUGCCUGAAGUACUGGGCUAAGAGGCGUGGGGUCUAUUCAAAUGUGACUGGUUUUCUGGGCGGUGUAAAUUGGGCACUUUUGGUUGCUCGUGUGUGCCAGCUCUAUCCAAAUGCAAUUCCUAGUAUGCUGGUUUCUCGUUUUUUUAGAGUAUAUACUCAAUGGCGGUGGCCGAACCCAGUCAUGCUUUGUGCAAUAGAAGAGGAUGAGCUUGGAUUUCCUGUCUGGGACCCUCGUAAAAAUCAUCGCGACCGGUAUCAUCUUAUGCCAAUAAUAACUCCGGCUUACCCAUGCAUGAAUUCUAGUUACAAUGUCUCUCAAAGCACUCUUCGCGUUAUGACAGAGCAGUUCCAGUUUGGUAACACUAUCUUGCAGGAGAUUGAAUUAAAUAAACAACACUGGAGCUCUUUAUUUGAACAAUACAUGUUCUUCGAGGCAUACAAAAACUACCUUCAGGUUGAUAUAGUAGCAGCAGAUGCAGAAGAUUUAUUGGCUUGGAAGGGAUGGGUGGAGUCGCGGUUCAGACAGCUGACCUUAAAGAUAGAAAGAGACACACAUGGAAUGUUAAUGUGCCAUCCCCAACCAAAUGAUUAUGUAGAUUCGGCUAGGCAAAUUCUGCAUUGUGCCUUUUUCAUGGGGUUGCAGAGGGCAGAGGGAGUUGGGGGUCAAGAAUGUCAACAGUUUGACAUACGUGGUACGGUUGAUGAGUUUAGACAAGAAGUAAACAUGUAUAUGUUCUGGAAACCUGGGAUGGAUGUGUUCGUUUCUCAUGUUCGUAGACGACAGCUGCCACCUUUUGUUUUCCCAAAUGGAUAUAGAAGGCCUCGGCAGUCCAGGCACCAGAAUCAACAGGGUGGAAAACCUGGUGAGGAUGGCACUGUUCCGAAUUCCAGCUCUGUGGUGGAGAGGCAUGUUAAGAGAAAGAGCGAGGAUGAAAUUAUGGAUGCAAGACCAGAUAAAGCUGAGAAGCGUGCAUCUCUUAGUCCACAGAGUCUAGACAUUGUUUCUCCUGAAAAUAGUGCUAUCACUACUGGUUGGACCCCUCCUGUUUGCAACCUUAGAAGGCUACCUAGUGAAGAAAUUGAGGCUGUAAAUUUGAAUAUUGAGGGUACUGAACUCACAAAUUUUGCUCGAGAUGGGUGCAACUCUGGCAGCGAGCAAGCUCUGGAAGUAGAUAAUAUGGCUCCAGUUCAAGAAUGUUCUGAUCCAGCUAAGUCUUUUGGAAAAUGUGUUACACCUGAUUCUAGUGAUGUGGUAGCAUGUGAAAGUGGGCAGGAAGAAAUCUUAAAUCGUGCUUUGAUGAGGUCUGUAUCGAUCAGUGGUACUGACUCCCAACUUCCUUCGAAAUCUUGUGUGGAAAACCGUGAUUAUGAGGGUUUCGGGUUUCCUGCUACAAAUUCAGAUACUUUUCUGGGAAAGGAGAAUUUGUACUCUCAAAGUGGCACACCGGAAGACCUCCAGGCAAACUCUUUGGUCAGCGGGAUGGAGAAGUCAGAAGACAGAGCUAGGUCAGAAUCUUUGCAGAAGCCAAGCAUAAGGCAUCAGCAGCAGGUUGAGCUUAAAGUCGACUGUGUGAACAUCCUCUUUAGGCUAUUGACGUGA